AUGUUCGGCGGACCAGGUGCUCAACCCUCUGAGGAGCAAAAGAAAUUGCAGGAACAAUAUGCGUACAGCACUUUGCAAACUGCUGGCUUGAUGGCUGGUGCCUUGUGGAUCACUCCAAUCAUUUUCCACUUCGUCAAGAAACAGCUCUCAUAG